AUGCUGGGCUCCGAUGAUUUCUUCUACGUGGGCGGGAGCCCCAGCACCGCGGACCUGCCCGGAUCUCCAGUUAGCAACAAUUUCAUGGGCUGCCUCAGAGAGGUGGUGUACAAGAACAACGACAUCCGCUUGGAACUGUCCCGCCUCGCUCGCAUCGUUGACCCCAAGAUGAAGCUUCAAGGCGACAUUGCAUUCAAGUGCGAAAACGUCCCCACCCUAGAUCCCAUCAACUUCGAGAGCCCCGACUCCUACCUGGCCUUGCCCAAGUGGAACACCAAACGCGUGGGCUCCAUCUCUUUUGACUUUCGCACGUCUGAGCCCAACGGCCUGAUCCUCUUCACCCACGGUAAGGCGCAGGACCGACGGGACGCUAAGGGCCAGAAGAGCAACAAGGUGGACUUCUUCGCCGUGGAGCUGCUGGACGGAGGGCUGUACCUGCUGCUGGAUAUGGGCUCCGGGACCAUCAAGGUCAAGGCCACACAGGCUAAGGUCACUGACGGGGCCUGGCAUCAUGUGGACAUACAGAGAGAUGGUCGCUCAGGCAUCAUCUCAGUAAACAGCCGCCGGACCCCUUUCACAGCCAGCGGGGAAAACGAGAUCCUGGACCUGGAGGGGGACCUUUAUCUGGGCGGUCUCCCUGACAACCGGGCCGGCUUGGUGCUCCCCACCGAGCUCUGGACCGCCAUGCUCAACUACGGCUACGUGGGCUGCGUGCGGGAUCUGUUCAUCGACGGACGCAGCAAGGACAUCCGGCAGAUAGCCCAGUCCCAGAAUAUGACCGGCAUCAGGUCCUCCUGCAACAAAGUGACGGGGAAACAGUGCGACAGCAACCCGUGCAAGAACAACGGGGCGUGCAAGGAAGGCUGGAACCGCUUCGUCUGUGACUGCACCGGGACCGGCUUCUGGGAUAGUACCUGCGAGAGAGAAUCUUCGAUCCUGUCCUACGACGGCAGCAUGUACAUGAAGGUGGUGAUGCCGAGCGUCAUGCACACCGAGGCCGAGGACGUUUCCCUGCGUUUCAUGUCCCAGCGGGCGUUUGGCCUGCUCAUGGCCGCCACUUCCCGCGAGUCGGCUGACACGCUGAGGCUGGAGCUGGACAGCGGGAGGGUGAAACUCACUGUCAACCUAGACUGUGUCAGGAUAAACUGUAACACCAGCAAAGGCCCUGAGGUUCUUUAUGCCGGACAAAAGCUCAACGACAAUGACUGGCACUCGGUACGAGUUGUCCGCCGCGGUAAAAACUUCAAACUCACAGUGGAUGACGACAUGGCCGAAGGCCAGAUGGCGGGCGACCACACCCGUCUGGAGUUCAACAACGUGGAGACGGGCAUCUUGACCGAGAGGCGCUUUGUUUCGUCCGCUCCCUCCUCCUUCAUAGGGCAUCUUCAGGGCCUGAAGUUUAACGGCAUGCAGUACAUCGACAUGUGCAAGAACGGAGACAUCGACUUCUGCGAGCUCAACGCCCGCUUCGGCAUGCGAUUCAUCAUCGCCGACCCCGUGACCUUCAAGACCAAGGGCAGCUACCUGGGCCUGGCCACGCUGCAGGCCUACACCACGAUGCACCUCUUCUUCCAGUUCAAAACCACGUCACCUGACGGUUUCAUCGUCUUCAACAGCGGAGACGGGAACGACUUCAUCGCAGUGGAACUGGUCAAAGGGUUUAUCCACUACGUGUUCAACCUGGGGAAUGGGCCGAGUCUGCUGAAGGGGAACAGUGACAACCCUCUGAACGACAACCAGUGGCACAACGUUGUCAUCACACGUGACCUCGCCAACACGCACACGCUGAAGGUGGACUCAAAGUCAGUUACCCAGAAUGUCGACGGAGCAAAGAACCUCGACCUCAAAGGUGACCUGUUCAUCGGAGGUCUAGGACCCAACAUGUACCAGAACCUCCCGAAGCUGGUGGUUUCUCGUGAGGGCUUCCAGGGCUGCCUGGCCUCAAUGGACCUGAACGGCCGCCUGCCAGACCUCAUCAAUGACGCCCUUUUCCGCAGCGGGCAGAUUGAGCGCGGCUGUGAAGGCCCAAGUACGACUUGCCAGGAGGACUCGUGCGCCAACAUGGGCGUGUGCAUCCAGCAGUGGGAGAACUUCACUUGUGACUGCUCCAUGACGUCUUACACGGGGACUAACUGCAAUGACCCUGGCACCACCUACAUCUUCGGCAAAGGUGGGGGUCUGAUCACGUACACGUGGCCCAACAACGAGAGGCCGAGCACGCGGACCGACCGGCUGGCGGUGGGCUUCAGCUCCACCAUCAAAGACGGGAUCCUGGUGCGCAUCGACAGCGCCCCGCGUCUGGGAGACUACAUCAUGCUCCACAUCGAACAAGGCAAAGUAAGUGUGACUUUCAACAUCGGGACGGUGGACAUCAGUGUUAAGGAGACAACCACGGCGGUAAAUGAUGGCAAAUACCACUUGGUGCGAUUCACCAGGAAUGGGGGCAAUGCCACCUUGCAGGUGGAUAACUGGCCCAUCAAUGAGCACUUUCCCUCAGGCCGGCAGCUGACAAUCUUCAACACCCAGGCCACUAUCUCCAUCGGUGGAAACGACCGCAAGCGGCCCUACCAGGGCCAGCUCUCUGGCCUCUACUACAAUGGCCUUAAGGUCCUCAACAUGGCUGCAGAGGGCCACGCCAACAUCAAGGUGAACGGCAGUGUGCGGCUGGUGGGCGACGUGCCGACUAGCCGGGGCGCGGCACGCACCACCACCUCUGUGCCGCCGGAGAUGUCCACCACCUUCAUCGAGACCACCACUACCCUGUCCACCACGACCACCAGGAAACAGCGUUCGCCACCGACCAUUCAGCCUACGACAGAUGACAUUGUUUCGUCAGCCGAGUGCUCCAGCGACGACGAGGACCUGGAGGAGUGUGACUCCGGACAUGCAGCCUUGCCCACUGUGCCCGGCGUGGUGCGGCGGGUUCCAGCAGGGGCUUCCGAGGUGAUCCGGGAAUCCAGCAGUACCACAGGCAUGGUGGUGGGCAUUGUCUCAGCCGCUGCCCUCUGCAUCCUCAUCCUCCUCUACGCCAUGUACAAGUACAGGAACAGGGACGAGGGUUCCUACCAGGUGGACGAGACGCGCAACUACAUCAGCAACUCGGCGCAAACCAAUGGCGCUGUGGUGAAGGAUAAAGCACCCAGCGCCAGCGCCAAAGGCAGCGCCGGUAGCAAGAGACCGAAAGACAAGGACAAGGAAUAUUAUGUAUAG